AUGAAAGAAGAUUUAAAAGAACAUCUGAAAGUGUAUGAUGAUAAGGAAGAAAAUAUCAAGAAAACAGAAUUUAAAGAAUUGCAAACUGAAUUAUUGGUCAUUGGUGAAGAAUGGAAUGAAAUUGAAACAUUUAAAGGCUGGAUUGAAAUGGCAUUAGGAAGUGAAAUGGAUUCAGAAGAUGAUGAUGAUAAUGAUGACUGA